AUUCUCUAAUGUUCAAGGUCCAAGGUUCUGUCAAAACAUCAAAAUAAAGAAUUGUCAUUUUUUCUAUUUUUAAAUUCUCGCUAAAUUCAAACGUGUAAAGUUUGUUAAUCAUUAAGUUUUAGUAGAAUAUUUUAAAUAUGUAUCUUAUUUCCUUACCAAGAAUUAAUUCGUUAUUAACUUUGUCUUGCAUUUGUGGGGCCGGUUUGUCAUUGUAUGGUUAUUACAUAGGACUGGAAUUGGAAAGAAAUGAGAAUUAUAAACCUAUGUGUGAUAUUAACCCACAGGUUAGCUGUAGUAAAGCUAUGUCAUCUAAAUAUGGAAAAGGAUUGGGCAUUUUUGGAGAAGAUUCACAAUUUUACAAACCAAACAGUUUAUUUGGAAUAAUGUUUUAUAGUAUGAUAGCUACCUUAGUUCAAUCCAACUCAAAAUUCAUCGCCUGGGUGUCACUGGUAUUGAUAGCCUUAUCAAACUUUUUAUCCAUUUACUUUGCAUACAUACUAUACUUUGUACUUUAUGAUCUAUGCAUUGUAUGCGUAGCUAUUUAUGCAGUAAAUGUAAUUAAUUUAUUAUUGAUCAAAUUAAAACUUAAAACAAUUGAUGCCAUCAGAGAGCAAGAAGAGGAAAAGAAUAAAUAAAGUUAGGUAUUGCGAGUUUAAGGCUGGUAUAGCCAGUAAAAAAGCAAGUAAAGUGGAUAGGUUACUUGCCACAAAGUUACUUGCAUUUUGAAAACGUUUACUUUAGUUUUAUUUUAAGGCAAGAAUUUUUCCUUGCUUUAAAAUAGAUAUAUUUAUGACUCAAGUAAACAUUUACAAAAGGCAAGUAACCUGUCCACUUUACUUGCUUUCUUACUGGCUUCAUGUAUACCGGCCUUUACUACAUGAUUCGUUGCAAGUAAUUGGCCAGUUAUUUUAUUUUGUAGUAGAGACAUAAGGAAUCUCGAAAAUUAUAACAAAUAUUUUCUUCACGUGUAUACAGUUUGCAGGCAGAAACACAAAAAUAAAAGGUACUACUAAAAAAUAGUAAAUUUUGCUUGCCACUUGUUUUAUUUUUUAACACUGUUAAAUGUAUCAGUUUUCAUGAGAUGUCAUUUAAUAUAUGUAAUAUAUAUUUUAAUAAUAUUAAUCAAUUGUGCCAAAUUGAAAUAAAACACAAAAGUAACAAUAGUUUUUUACAAAGUAUCAAGCCCACAUUUGGUGGUGUUCCAUUCCAUAUAAUAAAAAAAUUUAAUGGUAAGACAUAAAUGUACUUUUAAAAGGACGGGUAUUUGUAUCUUAUUUUAUAUUUAAUUUUAUUUUUUGACAAAAAAAUAUACAAAAAUUAUAAAAAAAUGUAUGUUGUAAUUAUUGUUGUGUAAUUUGUAAUCUUAUUCAGUAGGUAAAUGUUGUUUAUUUUUAAAAUAAAAAUUGCAAAUAUCAAAAA